GGGCUAAUUUCACUCAUUUGCCCUCUCAUCUUCCUAAACGUUUGUUCUCUUCGUUCGUGCUCUCUCUUCACCAGCUCUUUCUCUCGUUCGUUCGUGCUUUCUCUCCUCCCCUGCACUCUCAAUGGUGUUCAUGGCUAAUUACGACAUGCGAAGUAGACAAUUCCUUCUCCUAUUUCAGCAACAGUACAUCUUAUGCCAACAAUACUUUGAAAUAGAGAGUGAAAAUCUAGACAUGAUGACUUCUAUGGCAGCAUAUAUGUGUGACUACUAUUUUAAAAACUUAUACAAGGAACCGUGCAUGACGUCUUAUUUGACAGGAGAAAGAUGGAUGGAUGAGAUAUUAAAUGGCCAUGGAAAACGAUGUUUUAAUGCGUUUAGAAUGACUCAAAAUACAUUUCGCAAUUUAUGUGCGGAUUUAGAGACCAAGUAUGGUUUGAGGCCCUCAAGUAGGGUUUCAGUUUUGGAGAAAGUGGGUUUGUUCGUUUAUGUACUAAGUAAGAGUGCUUCCAAUAGAGAUACCCAAGAACGUUUCCAACAUUCGGGUGAAACUGUGAGUAGAAUUUUCAAAGAAGUUUUGAAUGCCAUGGAUGAACUUUGUCGUGACAUACUCGUCCCAAAGGACCCCGACUUCAAACGAAUUCCCUCACAAAUUGCCAAUGAUGAUAGAUAUAUGCCACAUUUCAAGGAUUGUAUUGGAGCUAUUGAUGGUACACACAUUGUAAUAACCGUACCUGAGGAAGAUCAAAUACGCUAUCGAGGAAGAAAGGGAAUACCAACCACAAAUGUUCUAACAGUUUGUGACUUUGAUUUGCUAUUCACAUAUGUUCUAACAGGAUGGGAGGGAUCAGCACAUGAUUCACGCAUAUUCUUAGACACAUUGAACAAUUCAAACCUUAAUUUUCCAAAUCCACCUCCCGGAAAGUAUUACUUGGUUGACAAAGGCUAUCCAGAAAGAUAUGGAUACUUGACUCCGUACCCUAAGACACGAUACCAUCAAUCAGAGUUUCGUGGAUCAAGACCAAGAGGUUCACGAGAAGUAUUUAAUCGAGCACAUUCAUCCUUAAGAAGUUGUAUUGAGAGAGCGUUUGGUGUUCUUAAGGCUCGCUGGAAGAUAUUACAAAAAAUGCCAAAUUAUUCAUUGGUGGAUCAAAACAGAAUUAUAUGUUCAUGUUUUGCAUUACACAACUACAUAAGAAAAAGCAAACUUGAUCCGGCUUUUGAUUUCAUUGAUGAAGAUCCUGAAUUUAUACCCCCUGACGUUAUUCCAGAUGUUCAAGCUAGUACUACACAAGUUGAUGAUGGAAUGAGAAAUCAUCAGAUGACGAUCAUUCGUGAUAGCAUUGCUUCUAGUUUGAUGUCAUAGGGAUUUUAUUCUUAAUAUUACAAAUAUUGCAAUUCACCGUAUUACUUUUUUAAGAAUUGUAUUACUUCUUAAUAUUGUGUAGUUAA